AUAUUCCAAAACAUUCUACGGAUAUUUUAAAGAGGGUCAUCACCAUACCCAAACUGUUAAGUUUUAAUACGUCAUUAUUUCGAAAGAAAAACAACCGGAAAAUCAUCUUUUCCUUUGUGUUAAGUUUGACAAUUACCAAUUUUCCCGGACGAUGGCUUUUUUUGGUAACGCAGAUAACCAAUACUAGUCACGAAUGUGUCAGGACUCCUGAUAGAGAGCAAAAUGCAUCAUAUAAUACAAACUUUUAGUGCUCCUUUUAAUUUGUGCAUACAAAAAACUGGAUAUUAGCAUAACGUUUAGCUAAAAUGUGCGAGAAGAACAAGCUAACAAGCUAGCGGUGGUGACGGUAUUUUGGGUUUACUGAUGUUAAAUAGUCCGCAUCUGGCUGAGCUGGAUAGUCUGAAUGGCUCAGCAGCCAAGCUAACGAUGGCCAUAGGGUUAUUGUUUGAAUUUGUAAUGAGUAUUUCUCGAGAAAGAUUUAAAGAUGAAUGAAUGAAGAGGCAUGGGAAGUAACGGGCAUGGAAUUUCCAGCACGGGAUCUUUGGGUUUUUUACAACCGGAUACCCAUAGUAGAGGAUUAGCUUGUUUUCUCCGCGGAAUGACGACAUUUGCUGCGUUCAGCUGCCACAGACAACACGGGUGUCGGUGAUGCUAUCUGUCGCUGGCCAAAUGCCCCGAUUGUCGGAAUUGGGACACAGCAACCAAACUUCAUUAUAAAUCAUGAAAAACUGUGAGUAUCAGCAAAUCGACCCGCAGGCACUUCCGACACCCACCCCGACCCCCCCACCUCAUCAUGGAAACGACAGUGACAAGAAAGAGGAGCCGAAGAGACCGAGGAGAAAGUGGGAAGUUUUCCCCGGAAAGAAUCGCUUCUACUGCGAGGGACGGAUCAUUGUGGCCCGACAGAGUGGGGUCCUGCCUCUCACUCUGGGCCUUAUUCUCGUCACAAGUGGAUUAUUCUUUAUAUUUGACUGUCCCUUCCUGGUCAAACACCUGACCAGCUGCAUACCUGUUAUUGGAGGAGUCCUCUUUGUAUUUGUGGUCAUCACCCUGCUCCAGACCAGCCUUCACCGACCCCGGCAUCCUUCCAGAGCGACCCCAGACGAGGCCGCAGACAUUGAGAAACAGAUUGACAACACUGGAAACACUAGCUAUCGGCCUCCGCCACGCACAAAGGAAGUCCUGAUCAACCAGCAGGUGGUCAAGCUCAAGUACUGCUUCACCUGCAAGAUGUUCCGGCCUCCACGCACCUCCCACUGCAGCCUGUGUGACAACUGUGUGGAGCGAUUCGACCAUCACUCCUGGGUGGGGAACUGCGUUGGGAAACGCAACUACCGCUUCUUCUACACCUUCAUCGUGUCGCUCUCUUUCCUGACGGCGUUCAUUUUUGGCUGUGUGACCACACACCUAGCACUGAGUAUGUGUUUGCACUCUAGUGCGCAGGUGUUUCAUGGCUGAAAAACAUGCAGGAUCUUACUGAUAGUAACAGCUAACACACCUGCCUCAAACAGCAGCCGGCAGCAAACUGUUCAGUGUUUGUUUUGUCUCACUCGGACCGCCAGAUGGGUGAGAUUUACUACACCAGGGCAACUGAAGUAUCUGAUAAGAAAAAUAUCCAGAAUGUGACUGUACUAAAUACCUUUUUUCUUUACUUGGUUGUAUUUGAGCAUUUGCCAGAGUGCUCAUGUUUUAUUUCAUCCAAAAGUCCCUGUCACUAAAGGAAUAGAUUAAAAUGGAGACAUUUUAUUAACUCUGGUAUUACUGCUUCCAAGUCAGGAAAAUUAAAGUCCAACACAUAAUUUUUGACCUUUUAAUCGAUUCAGAAACUCACUUGGGGCCAUA